AUGUCCUUGGCGGGCUCUUGGACUCAACGGCUAUACAACAUCCUUCGUCCGGCACCACACCCGUUCACUACACUCUUCAAGAACAGCCCCAAUACUUCCAAACGUCCUCCAGGGGCUCUUUAUCGCCGAAUAUUAGCAAAGAGCAUCGAAGAAGACUUGGCGGGUCCGAUGAAUCGCCCUGGAACUCGACGGCGUUUCGUACGGAUCGAGAGCAUGGGGCGCAUUGGGCUCUUGUUCUACGAAACUCUGGUGCCUCCUUCAACUCUUAGCACUGCUAAGGACUCGUAUUUCUUGACUUUCGAAGGUGUCAUGGGCAAGCCCCACGAUAUGUGCGCCUUAGGGCUGGACUUAUCGGACACCGUCAACGGGAGAGUGGUCUACUUUCCCCCCUACGCGUGUACGUCGUCCCUAGCGGGUCAGGCCAUGCACACCUCUUUGCUCAACCGCUCCGAGCCUCGACCUCAACCCUCUCUUGACGGAUUUCCAGUGCUACUUUCCGCAGACGCUGGAUAUCGAUCAUCUACAGUUCACAAACAAAAAGUAAACAACACGCAACAGGCCUUCUGGAUCCUCCAACUCGACGACUUCCUUGACGAAGACGAAGAGCACCGCGUCACAGAUCUAUUGACAUCCUUUUCCUCCAGCGACCUCUCUCCGAUGCUCUCUCUUGACGAUUCAGACGCCGAAUUCGACCCCCACUUCUCCCUCUUCGUCCCUCAAGCAGCUUUACCAUCUAUAUCAAAAUCUUCAGAGCAAUCUCCGCACCGGCGCUCCUCGUCUAGCUUGAACGGCCGCUAUUACUACGCGGAUUCAGAAGAAGACCUGGGCGAUAGCUCUCUGGGGACUAUCAAGUCGGUUGGUCUGUUCACCCCUCCUCCGAUGGGCACGUCAGCUGGUAUUACUCUUGCCACCAACGACGUCCAUAGGCAUAGAGAAUCUGCGGUGGAUGCGGAUCGCCUCUCUUUCCUGGACUUGUCUCACGAGGACGGCGACAUCAGCUGCACUGAGCAGAUAACCAACAUCGGAUUUGGUGUCAAAAUCUAUUAG